GUUACUGUUAUGGUUAUCCUCGUUUCUGCUCACAAACGUGUCUCAAUCACAAUGUCGUUCUCAUUUCUGUCUGUUUGCGAUUAAAUAUAUCGACUUUUCUACGUUUUAAGCAAUAUAUCAAUAAAAAUAAAGUAAUUAAUUUUUAUUCGACAUAUAAUUGGACGAAAAUAGAAAAAGUAUGUUUCGAUUUGGUUUCAACUCGGGUGCUCACAUCCAAGAAACAACUGCCUGUUUGCCAGCAAAGGAAAUUAUGUUUUGCUCGAAAGAGCUUGAAAAGUUGCAAUCUAGCCUUGCCACCGAAGAGAUAAAAGUAGGAGAUCAUUCCAUAUGUUUUUUACCUUCCUCAUUAGUAUUAAAUAACAUAGUUUCUGAUUCCGAUAGAGAUGAGUCUAUUGUUCAGGCGGAGACAAACCAUUCUGACCUCACGUCUGGCAGUUAUGAGGGUGGCCUUAAAGUUUGGGAAUGCACUUAUGAUUUGUCAGAGUUUAUGCUUGGACUAGGAUCAUUCCUAACUGGAAAGUGCGUUCUCGAUCUGGGCUGUGGAUCUGGAAUUUUAGGCAUUACUGCCUAUAAAUUGGGUGCAGGAACAGUCCAUUUCCAAGACUAUAAUGAAGGCGUUGUAAAACAUUUUACAAUACCCAAUGUGUAUUUGAACGAUCCAGACCAUUUGGAAAGUUCUAACUUUUGGGCUGGUGAUUGGGUGAGCUUCAGUGAUACGCAGGGAAAAUAUGAUGUGAUACUGAGUUCUGAAACGAUAUACAAUCCGGCGAAUCACGGCAAACUGCACGACCUGUUCAAAAAGAAACUGAAACCUGAUGGGACUAUUUUUCUCGCUGGCAAAGCAUAUUAUUUUGGAGUUGGUGGGAGCAUGAGCCAGUUUCAACAAGUCAUGGAUAAUGAGAAUUUGUUCUCCCAUCAUAAAGUUUGGUCUUCAGAUAGUGGUGUGAAACGAGAAAUCUUAGAAAUAAAGUAUAAGUAAUAAAUUUAAAGCUUGUAAAUAGA